CUUCCUCACCAAAAACUAAAGAAAAUGCCCCCCGUGACAAUCCCUCGAUUCCUCCUUCCCAGAGGUAUUCCCUCCACCAGGACACUUCUCGCGUUAUCGGCCGCACGCAACACGACGACCUCCACAUCUGGUCCCAACGCCCGUCGAUGCGCAUCAACAAACCCCAACUCGAAACCGCGAGUCCUCGCACAGCCGGACAAAUUCCGCCCGCCCUCGCAUCCUGCCCGUCGCGUGGUCCAAACCCGCAAUGGCAAGGUAGUCAAUUACCCUGGGCCCAAGCUCUCCGAGAAGGAACAGGAAGAGCAAAAGACAAGACAGUAUCCGCAUAUGUUUCCGCCCGAGGGGACGGUGAUGUAUAAGUUUUUGACGCAUCGAUGGAUCCAUAUUUGGAUUGCUAUGGGUGUCCUCACUUCCCUGGCAACAUUCACCUUCAGUACAAACUUCAAACGCACCUCGCCCUUCGCUCACUUGCUCCCUCCCUGGUCGGCACUGCUUUCCCAUCCUAUCGAUACAAUCUCCCAGACGCUCUCGGUGCUCCGCAUGCAUGUGCAGCAUACCUCCAUGGAGACAAGGGAGAAGCGACACCGCCGAAUCGAGGAUGCGGAGAAGAGACGCCAGUAUCGAAUUGCGCAUGGCUUGGAGGAGCCGGAUGCCGCUGAGGAGGCCAAGGGCGCGGAAGCCGUUGAUGACCAGAGCCCGAUUGCCGUUGACGUGGCUGCCGCUUCUGCUGCGGGGGUGAAUGCGAAUGUGAAUGAGAAUGAGCAUGCGGGCGAGUACGUGGACUGGGAGGGGAAGAAGAGGCCGGUGAAGAAGUGGUUGGGGAUUUGGUAGUUCUCUUCUCUUGCUCUUGCUCUGUCUGUCUGUCUGUCUGUCUUUUGCGUCUUGCAUCUCUCUCUACGUGGAUCCUAGGCGCGGAGUACGUAUAUUUGGGGAAGCUGAUAAGGAGGCCCCGGGAGGGGAUCUUAGACUUGGGAAAGAGAUUAGAUGGUACAUGUGUAACAUUAUCACAGUUGUCUCUGUAUUAUUUUCUAUAUACAGUUCAUUAUUUCUGUAUUCUAUCAUGACUUAUCAUUCCAAUUCCCAUU